CCCAGCUGCAAGAUCGUUUAUUUUUUAAAUUGAAUAUCAAAGUUUCAAAUUGAAACUUUUAAUUCAGUUAAUUUUAGAAAAAGCUUUUAAUAUUGCACAAACGUUUGAGUUCUAAUUAUAGCUCACAAUUGCAAUUAUGCAGAUAAGACGUCCCCUUGUUUUUACGAAUCAGAGUGACAAUAAAUUACUAAAAUAGAUUCCACGCGUCUGCAAAGCAGACAGAAAAUGCCGAGACCAAGAAACCCAACGUCCGCAACAACCAAGAGGAAAAUACUGAAACCUGUGACAAAAAAGUAUUUUGAAGAAACAUGCGUGAUACUUGAUUCAGAUGACGAUUUCGUGACACCUAAUCCUUCGAUAAAAACAAGGUUCUCCGAGAAAAGCUACAAUAGAUUUCAGUCCAGCUUAGCAGUACCGUCGCCAUACCCCGUGAAUAUUAGUGGUUGUCGAGUGAUUGACACUUCUGACAGUGAGAUCGAACCUGACAUAAAUGGAGAUUCAGCUACUCAUGCAACUAAUGCCGAUCUAGAUUCUGAGUUUGGACGGGAAUUUAGGACGACUUUAGGAACAACCCCUCAGUCAUUUACAUUCAAGUUGAAAGAGAAGGCGAAGGAUGUUCAAUGCCCUAGCACUCCUUCUGAAUUGAUAGAAAAUGAAUCUAACAACAUAUCAUUUCAAACUACACAUGAAAUUAUUAUUCCACAACCAAUAUAUUUAAAUAAUUGCAAAGUGUCUACAACUUCAUCGAUAUCAUCAUCCCAUUCUUGGUCCGGAUUGAUGCAACGAAUGCAAAGCAACCAGAAAACAAUCCACAAUAAACUCACUGAUGCUGUAUCAAAAAAGUCUUUCAAAUCUUCGAAAUUAACGAAUAAAACGUCAGCGCAAGUUGCCAAACGAAGCGUAAUUAGGAAGCCGGCUGUUUUGAACUUUUUGAGCUAUACUGCACAAGAAGCAAGCCCUCAUAAGAAACCUAAAUUGGAAUCGUUUAACAAUUACACUAUGGAUGAGGCGGAUACAUUAGAAAGCGAGCCCGUGUUAUCAUCGUUAGAAACCAAAAGAGACGAGGAGAUAACAUCAUCGGAUUUGACUACCGUCACUUCCAAAGAAACGACAUCAGUUUCGAUCCAACAUUCGCAUGCUAAGAUUCCUGACAUAUUUUUGAAACCAUCCGAGAGGGCAGCAAUAUUUAAAAAUAGAAAACAGGAACGUUUGUUUGUGCAGCAAGAUUUAUGUGAUGCUUUGAAGGAAUUAUCAAUUGAACCAGAUACAUAUGAUUCAGUCGUGAUGGAUAGUGAUGAUUUCGAGGGCAAUAUUGUCAAAUUGAAUCAAGUCGAAACAGAAAAUCCAUUCGGAAACAAAAUCAAAGCUUGUCCGUUUUACAAGAAGCUGCCGGGAACAAGGUUUUCAGUUGAUGCUUUCAACUACGGCUUAAUUCCUGGAGUUGAGGUUUAUUUUUUGAGCCACUUUCACUCGGACCAUUACAUAGGCUUAUCCAAAAAGUUUUGCAAAACGUUAGUAUGCAGUCCUCCCACGGCAACACUUGUGCGAAUGAAGUUCAAUGUUGACCAACAUUGUAUUAGGCGACUGCAGAUUAAUAGACCCUAUGUCAUUGAUUCUGUAGAAGUAACUUUGAUCCAUGCAAAUCACUGCCCUGGAUCUGUGAUGUUCGUUUUUAGACUUUUAAAUGGAACGACGUACUUUCAUACCGGUGAUUUUAGAUUUACAGAAAGGAUGCUUGACAAUAAGAUUUUUCGCGGCCUGAAAAUAGAUUGUUUGUACUUGGACACGACGUACUGCGACCCGCAAUACAAUUUUCCAACUCAAACAGAAGCUAUAACCGAACUCAUUACAGUUGUUAAGCGUAAAUUACAAUGUCGACCAAACACACUGAUUGUAUGUGGCUCAUAUGUAAUCGGUAAAGAACGUGUAUACUUCAGUCUAGCGGAGGCGAUUGGAGAGAAGGUUUUCAUGAAUGCUGAUAAGCGACGUAUUAUCCAUGCUUUGGAAAAUCCCAAAUUCAUAUCGUAUUUGUCUGAUAGAGAAGAAUCUGCUUCUAUUCAUGUUCAUCAAAUGUUUAGCAUAAAUCCAAAGUUCCUCUUGGACUAUUUGAAUUCGAGAAAUGGUAAAUACACGCAAAUUAUUGGUGUGAAACCAACAGGAUGGCAAUUUUCUUCUUCUGGGGAUCAGUCUACCGUCCGAAGCUUUUACAAUGAUACCGUAACAAUCAUAGGAGUACCUUAUUCCGAGCAUUCUAGCUAUUCAGAGUUGGAACAUUUUGUGCGAGCGACUAGACCAACCAAAGUUCAGCCAACUGUCAAUGUUGGUAAUGCUGCUAAAAGAGAAAGUAUGAUGUGUCAUAUCAACAAGUGGUCAAGGAAUGAAAACAUUCAUUAGCUUUAGUUGCUUCUAGAUUUAUCUCGGUGUAUUUUAUUUACUUUCUAUGGACCAUGUACAGUCAAUAAAAUGAAAUUAUAAAAAUUA